AGAAGAAGAGGCAGGAGCCCGGGCUGGAGCCCGAGGCCAAACCACGGCGGCCGAGGCUGAAGAAGCCGAAUGAGGCUGCAGAGGAGGCUCCAGCCCCGGCACAGGGGGUGAAGAAGGUGAGGAAGAAGAAGGAGGAGAAGGGGGAGGAGGAGAGCGACAAGGACCCCUCCUCCAAAUUCCCCAAGGAGCCUCGGAAGAAGAAAGAAAGCCUGGCUGCCCGCUCCCAGGUGGCCAAGGGCUCCAAGAAGCCACAAGAGCCGGCAGAGGAUGAGGAUGAUGAGGAAGAGGAAGAAGAGGUGGAGAAUAAAAACCCGCCCAAAAAGCUCAAGAAGAAGGUUCCCAAAGAGCCCCUCUCAGGUGGGGGGGAGAAGAAGCUGAAGCCCAAGGAAGACAAGAGUGACCCUGAGAGCAAAGCCAAAUCUGCCAAAAGCGCCAAGAAGGAGCCAAUGUCCGUGUUCCAGGUGAAGAAGGAGAAGAAAGGCAAGAAGAAAGCUGCCACCAGCAGUGAUGAGGAGGACGAUUCCGACUCCAGCACCAAACCCAUUAGGUCAGAGAAGAAGAAAAACCCAGCAUCCCUCUUUCAGACUGGUGGGGACCCCCCAAAAGAGAAAAAAUCCAAAAAGAAAGCUCCUCCCAAAGGGGAUGAGAGCGAGGAGGAGACCCCGGAGACCCUGCAGAAAAACUCCAACAAGAAGGGGAAAGCAAAGAAAUCAAAGAAGCAGAAGGAGGAGAGGCCCCCGUCCCCUGUGAUCGAGGUGGAGAACCUGGAGGAGUUUGUGCUGCAGCCGGCGCCGCAGGGCGUCACCGUCAAGUGCCGGGUGACACGGGACAAGAAGGGCAUGGACAGGGGGCUCUACCCCACCUACUACCUGCACCUGGACAAUGACAAAAAGGUGUUCCUCCUUGCUGGGAGAAAGCGUAAGAAGAGCAAAACCUCCAACUACCUCAUCUCCAUCGACCCCACCGACCUGUCGCGGGGUGGAGAGAACUUCAUCGGGAAGCUGAGAUCCAACCUGAUGGGAACGAGGUUCACCGUGUUCGACAACGGCGCCAACCCCGACAGGGCCAACGCCGACUGGUCCAACGUGCGGCAGGAGCUCUCGGCCGUGGUCUACGAAACCAACGUUUUAGGGUUCAAAGGCCCCAGGAAGAUGACUGUCAUCAUCCCUGGCAUGAAUGCUGACUGUGAGAGGGUGCCCAUCCGGCCCCGGAAUGAUAACGACGGCCUCCUGAUGCGAUGGCAGAACAGGAACAUGGACAACGUGAUCGAGCUGCACAACAAAGCCCCGGUGUGGAACGAUGAGACCCAGUCCUACGUCCUCAAUUUCCACGGCCGUGUCACCCACGCCUCCGUCAAAAAUUUCCAGAUCGUGCACAGCAGUGACCCUGACUACAUCGUGAUGCAGUUUGGGCGUGUGGCGGAUGACGCCUUCACCAUGGACUACAACUACCCCCUGUGCGCCGUGCAGGCCUUCGCCAUCGCCCUCUCCAGCUUCGACGGGAAGCUGGCCUGCGAGUAGCACCUGCACUGGGACCACUGGGGCCACCAGGACCACUGGGACCACUGGGGCCACUGGGGCCACCAGGACCACUGGGACCACUGGGGCCACUGGGGCCACCAGGACCACUGGGACCACUGGGGCUGCAAGGGCCACCAGGGCCACUGGGACUACCAGGACCUCCAGGGCUGCUGGGACCACAGGGUCACCGGGGCCACUGGGGCUGCUGCCAGUGCCCCGAGGAUGCUCCUGCAUCCCUGUCCUGCUCCGCUCCCUGAAUUUCCACCUUCCUGCAGCCCUGGCUCCUCCUGGGGUGGUUCGAGGCACCUGGUGCCCGCUGGGUGCUGUGGGAUGCUCACCCAGCUGCAGCCACGCUGCCUCUCCGGGUAAAUUCGGGGCAAAUUGCUGGGAUGGGGUGAUGGCAGAGCCAGGCUGGAGGUGAAUUCAUAUUCAGCAGAUGAGGCUGACUGCAAUCCCUGUCUCAUCCCUUUGUUGGACUCAGAUCCUGGAAACUCAUCUGCCCUCUCCCCUGCUUUUUUAUUUUUUCUUUUGGGUUUUUUGUUUGUCUGUUUUUGUUUGGUUUUGGGGUUGUUUGUUUGUUUCUAAAGGUUUAUGCUCAGUCUCCCAGUGAGAAGGGGGUAGGUGGUCUCCUCACUUUGUGUUUCCUCAUCCCUGCCCACAUGCAGGUGGGCUCUGCCUAAGCUCCCAGCUAAACCCCCCAUGCCAGCUCAUUGCCCACCGGGCACAAAACCCCUCUUUUGCCCCAUUUUGCCCUGGUGUGAGUGGAUGGCUAGUGCCCAUGGUGUGUUUGUACCCACUGGGUCUCACCUCACUGCCCAGAAUUUGCUUUUUAGGGAUUUGGGGCCCUGAGGAGCAGCCUGGCGCCGGCAGCACGCGGGCACGUGCCGAGGGGUGACAGUGCCAGCAGAGGAGGGCUGGCAGGCACGUGAGGCAGAGCUUGCAUUGCUGGCAGGUGGCCCAGCUGGGCCAGGGCUGCCAGGAGGGACCUGGAAGAGAAAACUCAGGGUGCACCAGGAAGCAGUGAGUGACUCACGAGGCGUGGCGCGGUGCUGAGUCACGCUCAGCACCCAGACGGGCCCUGCUGGGCUCCCCGUGCCCUCAACCCUCGCUGCCCCUUUGCUCUGCCGUGCCCCUCACGUGCCCCAGGUGUCCCCAGAGCUGGUGCUCUCUGUUCAUGAGAGGAGGUGGGCAGAAGGUGCCAUCCCCUGUCUCACAUUGAUGGGGAGAUGCUGAACAAAAGCAGCUCACAGGGAGCAGGGCAGCUCAUGCCCCCAGUUCCACCAGUUAUGGGGUGAGGAUUUGGCUGCACAAACAAAUCUGAUUAAUUCAGUGGUGAGAAAAACGGGGACGUGCCAAGGAGCCCUGAGAUGGCAUCCUCAGCUCUCUGGUGCUGUGUCUCACCUGCUCAGCUCACACACUGACUCCAGAACCAUGUGGGAUUCCCUUCCCAGGACACAAAGGGGUUGUUCCCCCCUUCUGGGGGUGAUAUGAGCCCCCAGAUCAAUGCAGCUGAGAGGCAGAAAGGCUGAGGAGCAGAUGGAUGAGAUGGAUGUGGUUGUGCAAGAGGGAUGCUCAUCCUCUCCGGGCAGUGUCGCAACAGCACCGUGGGCUGAGCCUGGAGCUGAGGACAGAUGACAGUGACAGGGGCACCAUGAGCUGCUGGACCACUGGUGAACAUCUGCCCCAGAGGCUUUGCAGAUGGGAGUGGAGCUCUUCCCCAGCUGCAUGAAUCUGGCCUUCAUGAUUCUCGUGGUGGGGCAGGCAGAGGUGGACAGCUUGGGGACAAGCCAGCCCGUGUGGGACAUCAUCCAUCACCCAGACAUUGAGCUCAGGGAACACUUUGUGAGCUAAAGGCAGAACCAGCCACAGCAGUUCGGGGCCAGCAUCCCUGACGAGGUAUGGCCAGCAAAUGUGGGGAAAGCAGGAGCUUUCUGCCCAAAUCCAGCCACAGGCCCAACAUCUGUUUGAAAUCGGGACGAGCUCAGCUCACGGUUGAGGCAAUGCUUGUCCCCAUUUCCUCCAGUGCAAGGAGAAAAGAAGCAGCCGGGUGAGAGAGAGGGCUUUGGGCUCCCCACAUUCUGUCUGCUGUUAUCCCAGCUGCUCCCUGGGUUGAUUGUCCCUCCCCUCACCCAAAAACUUUCCAUUUUCCAUUUGCCCACUGUUGCUUGCAGGUUUCCCUGGCCUGCCACCCGUGGCAGAGCAGAAUCCCUGUCCUGGGUGUCCCUUGCAGUGUCACCCAAAGCCAGAGCAGCCGCUGCAUCAGCCGCCCACCCCAAAUCCCUUUUACAAACCCUCUAACGCAAACCAACUGUGGCAGAAGAAACAAAUGAAAACAAUUUAAUGGGGCGAUGGAUGUUCGGGCCCUUUGUUUGCGCUGGCUGUUAACACCAGAGGAGAUGAGGGAUGGAAGCAGUUGAAAUGUGGAUCUGCUCUGGCCGGCGGAAAGUGUGACGGAUGCGCCGGCAGGCCAAUGGCUGAGGGUGCCGGGGUGUGCGUGGGUGUGAAAGGAAUGCUCGCUGCAAGAAAAGAUAAAAAAAAAAAAAAAAAAGAAGAAGAAGAAAGAGCCUUAUCAAUGGUGCUUGAGUCCAAAGUGUGUGUGUUCCUUGGAGAAAGGGUUUCCUCAAUCCCCAGGGAUGGUGUUUUCCCUGCAGUGUGGGAUUUUGAGGGUUCGGAGGUUGUUUUAGGGGUGCUGGCUCUGGGCUGGUGCUGUAGGCGUGGAUUUAACCCCACAAAGUGCCCGUGCAGGGGCACAAGCAUGGCCAGUGGCCAGAGGCGACUGUCGUCAGCUCCUCAAGGGAACCUCCUGGGAAAUGUUUUAUUUUUGCAGAGGUGCUUAUAAGGCAAAGGGGAGGAAGAAAAUAAGGCCCCACCUCGCUGCUGAGCCCAUCCCAGCCAGGACUUGUGUCCCUGCAGCGCUGGUGGCUCUCUCUGUGGUUCGUCCCCAUCCUGUCCUGAUGGGUGCAAAGAUGCUGGUCCAGAGCUGAGCAGCAAGGUGGACAUGGGGGCUCUUCAACCACUGGCUUCUCCCUCUUUUGCAGAGGGGAUUUGGGGGGCUCCAUGCACCCAGCUCUGAGCCCUGCUCUCUUUGGGGGGCUGACAGAUAUUUCUGUGGGUUCCAGGAGGCAAAAGCCCCACUGGGAAAGCACCUGAGGAGGGAAGGGCUGGUACAUGCUGGGGGCUGUGGGAGGGGAGACCAGCACUGGGAAACUCCUUGUCCAGCAAUGGAACUGCUGGAGAUGUUUGGUUCCCAGCGAGCUGCCCUGGCCCCAGCCCUGGGGAUCUCUCUCCACCUCUGAAGUGGCAAAACAUUAAUUAAUUAAAGAAGUGAUUGCCAUGAGGUGUUCUUCUCUUCCCUCCCCCUCCCCUUCUAUUUAUUUGGUACCAUUUUUUAGGGGGAAAGGCAGACUGGUGAGCUCAGCUGUGGCUUUGCAGAAUGGGCUUCUCGAUGCAGCAAUGGGAAAGCCAAUAUUUUUCAACCGCUUUUUAAAAGGAGUAAUUUUUUAAUUAGUGAAUCCAUUCUGGAGAAGUGUUGGAGUUUUACAAUGUUGUAGCUGUUCUUGGUGUGUUGCCUAGACUUGGAUGUUCUGGCCAUAAGAAAAUAUUAUUUAUGGCGUUGCAGCUUGCAGCUCUUUUAUAUUAUAAUUUGAGAAAGGAAGUUGCUGUUCCCACCAGUGGACAGAAAAAUAGCAGAAACAAGGACUAUGGACUUCUGAAGGAAGAAAAUAAAUAAAAAUUAAGAGGCAGAAUGGAAACAAACCACUGAGCCAGCCUUGAAUCUUUGCACUCCUGAACAAGCUCAUCCCAGCAUCGCCAUCAGUUGUGCUGGAUGCUGCAGCCAGACCCCUGCCCAAAUGGCAAGGCCAGAGCAGCAGGGACCCCCUCAGCCCUCCCCUGCUCAGGGUUACAUGUGUUCCUAAACAUUUGUGGAUCAGGAUUUUAUUCAUGGGCUAAUGCACACUUGUUUGCUCAUGCCUUACUCAGCCUAAACUCCUAUUGAACUCAAUUAAGGCUGUCAUCUCCAGGAGCACUCAAUGUCAUUUUUGCCCAAGUAAGGGAUGAGUAACGAGGCUCUGAGCAGCCCUUGGAGAAUAGCAGCCAUUUUGUUGCAGUUUUUGGUCCAGAUUUCUUACAAGUUAGCAGCAGGCCAAGGGUGGAAGAAUGCGAUAUGGCUUUAUGAAUCACACACAAUUGCUGAAUGCGCUGGAUGCCUCAGAGCCCGUCGCUUCACGGGCUGAAGCAUUGGCUGUCUUGUCCCAAAACGCUUGAA